AUGAAGGUUGAGUGCAUCGAGAAUAUAAAUAAGUGCUGGUUUAUCUCUUACAUCAAGCCAAGUGAACCCAUAUGUGGCAGUGACCAGGUUACCUACAGUGGUGAAUGCCAUCUCUGCUCCAAAAUUCUAUAUGAAGGGCUAAACAUAACUAAACUGUAUGAUGGACCUUGUGUAAGUAAAGUCACUUUCAUUCUUCACUUUUAG